AUGAGAAGAGGUGUGGGUGUUGAGUGUCUCCGUCCUCACUGUAUACAGUAGCGUGAGCCUCCCGUGCCCUCAGAUGACCACAGACCGAGAGAGCAGAAUAACCUCCCAGCAGACCGCCUCUGAACUCCGGCCUCGGAGCCCCAGAACACCGCCUCUCGGCUCCGGGUUCCGGCUCUAGUCCGGGGGACCACCGCCUCUCAGCUCCUGGUACCGGCUCUAGUCCGCGGGACCUCUGCUUUUACACCCCGCCCGUUGGCACUUUUAUGGAUAUGAAGAAACGGACUUCCUGAGACCUGCCGUUUUUAAUUGUAAAAGCCACAAUAGAGAAGUCCUUCCGUGCCCCGUCCCCGGACCGAGAUGUCAGUGUCUCUGAGCCUCCCCGCCAAGGGCUUCCCCCCCGCCCACCUGCUGAAGGCAGACCCCCUCUUCUACCCGGGGCCCCACUACAUGAUCCAGGACAUCUUCACGGGCCCCAACAGCCUGCUGCACCCCCACCACCAGCAGCACCCCCUCAAGUCUCUGGGACGGCUCGUGUCGGACACCCAUCACCUCGCCGCGGCCAUGCCCCGCAACUUCGCCGGAGGACCUGCCCCGUCCCACUUCGCCCUCCACAACAACAACAAUAGCAGCCUUAACAACAGCCUCAACCACAGCAGCCACGGGGGCUGCAGCGUGGGGUCCAUGCUCCACGAACAGUUCCUCACCAUGUCCUCCGGGGGGGUUCCGUUUCCGGGCCACAUCCCCGGGCAGAACCCCCACCACAUGUACCCCAAACACGAGGAAGAGGAGGAGAGGGGGGCUUCCGCCGGGACGGACCUCCUCCUCCAUCACUACCCCCACCAACACCACCACCAGCUCCAUCACCGCCCCCCCCCUCGCUCUGUGUCGUCGGACCUGAGCAGCAGCCCCUCCAGCGAGCGGUCCGCCGCCUCCUCGGUGUCCCCGCCCAAGGAGGGCUUCUCCCGGCUUCGGGGGACGAUCACAUCGGCGUCGACGACCUCCGCCAACCGGACACGGAUGACGUCGACCCCCCGCGGCGCUGCAUCGCCGACCCGGGUAUAUAACUUCAGUGAGGACGACCUGUUCACGGUUCUGUACGGGACCCCCCGGGACGCGCAGAGCGCCGGCCGCGCGAUGUCGCCCGAGAUGAGCGGGAUAUCCGGUGAGGGAAUAUCAACGACGGGGAAUUCAGUCAAUCAGAAGCGACCGCCGGACACGGAAGCGCUUGAUCUCCCAGCAGGCCUCACCGUCCUGCAGACCAAGUGCGCGAACGCGUCCCCGUUCGGCGUCUUCACGGCGGACCACAGCGGCGUCCCCAAGGGCGCGCGCUUCGGCCCCUUCCAGGGGAAGCUGGUGAACACGAGCGAGAUCAAGACCUUCGACGACAACACGCUCAUGUGGGAGGUGUUUGAGAACGGCCGGCUGAGUCACUUCGUGGACGGUCGGGGCGGCGCGGGGAACUGGAUGUCCCUGGUGAAGUGCGCGCGGUUCCCGGAGGAGCAGAACCUGAUCGCGGUGCAGGUGCAGGGCCAGAUCUUCUACGAAGCGUGCCGGGAGGUCCCGCCGGGCGAGGAGCUGCUCGUGUGGUACGGGGACUGCUACGUGCAGUUCCUGGGGAUUCCCCUCACGCUCCGGGGGUCCGCGGAGAACAGCGGCCCCCCUCUGUCCACCGAAGAUUCCGGGGAGGGCUUCAAGUGUGACCGCUGCGGGAAGGUGUUCGCCUACAAGUAUUACCGGGACAAGCACCUCAAGUACACGCGCUGCGUGGACCAGGGCGACCGGAAGUUCCCGUGCCACCUCUGCACCAGGUCCUUCGAGAAGAGAGACCGCCUGCGCAUCCACAUACUGCACGUGCACGAGAAGCACAGACCCCACAAGUGCUCUGUUUGCGCGAAGAGCUUCUCCCAGUCGUCCAGCCUCAACAAACACAUGCGCGUGCACUCCGGGGAGCGGCCGUACAAGUGCGUCUACUGCAACAAGGCCUUUACUGCCUCCAGUAUUCUGAGGACGCACAUCCGCCAGCACUCGGGCGAGCGGCCGUUCAAGUGUAAGCACUGCGGGAAGGCCUUCGCGUCGCACGCCGCCCACGACAGCCACGUCCGCCGCACGCAUGCGCAGCUCAAGGCCUUCCCAUGUGGGGUGUGCGGCGCGUCGUUCCUGGAUGAGCAGGAGAUGAAGUUUCACAUGCAAAACCACAUAAAGAGACCGCAUUUGGAAAACCCAGUUCUCCCCGUGUCGUCGUCCCCGGACGGAUUAGACGGGCUCAUGGUCCUAACCAGAGACACCCCGACCCCACAGACACCGAGCGGACAGGGGUUAAUUGACAGCGUUUUAAAGGCGUCUCAUCUUGAGUACAGACCCUGGAACUAGGGAUCCUGUUUAUCUACUCAAUGGGUGAAAUUAUAUUUAUUUGCUGCUUAAAACCAAAAAUCGUAAAAAUAUUAUUCUAUGUUAUUAUUUAAAAAGGCGUGAUGACAAUGUGAUUUCUGUUAUAUGUAUUGUUAUCUAUAUGUGCCAAUCUGUGGGUGUGUCUAGCAUAUAGCUGCGUUUUAUUUUGCUGUCUGUUUAUUUGUUUUUUAUUUGUGGCUAAAAGCCUUGGAGUAAAUGUGUUGAUAAUUAUAAUUGUAUUAUUAUUAAUAUAGCUAAAUCCAGAAGAUUUUAAUGCGUUGAAGAUGGCUUUAAAAGCAAAAUUUGAAUGCAGAAUUGUUCUAGCUAUUUGUAUAUAAGAUGAAUAAUUAAACAAAAAGCUACUCUACCAUACAUCUUAAUUUAUAAUUUUUACAAAUACUUUUUACUGUAAUGUAGGUCUACUAAAGCAUUUGAAUUGU